CUCGACAAUUUACUGCGACGGUGGAGCAAGGGUCGCACAUUAAGUGCGUCAUUUGUUGUGUGGUCGAUAAUGGCGGCGGAAGGCGAAGAGGACCUGGGUAAAAGGGAACACACAAACCCUUCAGUGACAGAGCUUUAUGAGCCUGAGGUUGCAGACCUUCCCAGGUCAGAUGAUCAGGCGUCAGCGGAUGGAGGAGACACUGGCAUCCCGACAGCAUCCUACACAGCAGAAGGAGAAGAGGAGGAAGAGGGAGACAUGCCCGCCGACUUCCAGAGACUUUGGAAACUUACCAGCGAUAAUCCUCAAGAUUUCAACAGCUGGACUGACCUCCUGCAGUAUUGUGAACAAGAGGGGCACAUGAGAGCUUGCCGUCAAGCCCUAAAUGCUUUUCUGCUGAGGUAUCCUCUGUGUUACGGUUACUGGAAAAAGUUUGCGGAUCUUGAGAGACGGGCCGGUCACGUCGAUAAGGCGGAAGAGGUGUGUGAACAAGGUUUAAAGGCAAUACCUCUCAGUGUUGAUCUCUGGAUCCACUACAUCAACCUGCUGCUGGGAACGCUCAACAUGAACCUGCCUGAGUCAACACAGCGCAUCCGCAGUGUGUUUGAGGAGGCCGUUGCAGCCGCUGGAUGGGACUUCCAUUCAGACAGGCUGUGGGAUCUGUACGCUGAGUGGGAGAAAGAGCAGGGCAACCUGAAUUUCAUGACCGGCGUCUACGACCAAGUACUGAGGGUCCCUACUCAGCUCUACAACACACAUUACGAAAAACUGAAAACUCAUCUAACCUCCCACCCACCUCAGGACGUCCUGUCCCCUGAGGAGUACGGUAAGGUGAGGAAUGAGUACAAACAGAGCCAGAUUCAAGCCAAAAAAGAGAGCUCUGAUAUCAGCGCUGAAGAAGAAGAGAGGCCGCCUGGGGAGGAAGAGUCUGCAGACAAUGGAAAGGACUCGGAAGAAGCAGUGCAGAAGAUGCAGGAGCUCCUGAUGAUCAGCAGAGAGGAAUUGUACCAACACAAUGAAACAGAAGUCAGGAAGAGAUGGAACUUUGAAGAUGCUAUUAAAAGGCCUUAUUUCCAUGUGAAGCCUCUGGACAGAGCCCAGCUGAAAGCGUGGCAGAGCUAUCUGGACUGGGAGAUCGCAGAAGCUGAAACAGCAGCACUGAAUGCUGAAGGGGCGGCUGUGGAGGGCCAUGAAGGCUCAGUACAAGAGUGUGUAGCUGGGCACAAGAGGGUACUGAUUCUGUUUGAACGCUGUCUCAUUGCUUGUGCGCUCUAUGAGGAAUUCUGGAAUAAAUAUGUGCUUUACCUGGCACCACACGGGCUGGGGGAGGUGCGUGAAGUGUACCGCAGAGCUUGUGAAAUCCAUCUUCCGUACAAACACAGCAUCCACCUUCACUGGGCAUCGUUUGAGGAAAAACAUGGUAAUAUAACAGAGGCACAGCGCAUUCUAGGAUCGCUUGAGAUGACAGUGCCUGGUUUGGCCGCGGUGCGUCUGAGAAGAGUGGGUCUGGAGCGGAGAACAGGACAUUUGGUUGCAGCGGAGGCACUGCUGAAGGAGACUGUGGAGAAGAGUAAAGACAAUCCACAACUUCAUGCCUUCUUCUCCAUAAAGCUGGCUCGCUUUCUUCACAAGCUGUGCAAGAGUCCUUCCAGGGCCCGCACUGUUCUACAGGAAGCCAUAGAGCUGAGUCCGGAUAACGGUAGGUUGUAUCAGAACCUUCUGGAGCUGGAGAUGUCAGGUGACCUGCGGGCUAACGGAGGUGCUGUUCUACAGUGUGUGGCCAAAGCCCUUGCUGCUCCUCUCUCCCCAAAGACCAAAAUCCUUUUCUCCCAACGUGGCUUACAGUUCGCUGAGGACUUUGGGACCACAGUACAGAGUGUGUUGAGCAUGUAUGAGGAGCACCAGAAGCUGCUGAAGGAACAUGAUGCAAAGAGGCAAGCAGAGAAUGGCGAUAAUGAUGAUCCAGAAAAGAUGAGCAAAAUGGAUGAUUCGUCUGCAUUGACGGUGCAACAGACGGCUCCACCCACAAUGCCUCACGUUCCCAUGACAACACCACCUCCCUCUAUGAUGGGUGGAGACACGAGUGGGUCGUAUGGAAGUUAUGGCAGCUGGUACCAGCAACAGUAUGGAGGUUAUGGCAGCUACCAGAACCCAUGGAACCAGUACAAUCAAUACUACCCUCCCAGCUAAGUCCCUUUAAAGACAGAGGUCUGGAGAGCUACUUUAUGUGAUCCACUCACACAUCCUCAAUCCUUCAAAAGCCACAGCAGUGUGUAACCUGAGCCAGUGUCAGAAAUGAGGGAUAAAAUGUGCAAACCUAUUAUUUAUAAAGCAUAUUACCCUCUCAUUCCCUGAAUUUUUUGUACUAAGUGCCACCUUACAUCCUAAAAUGCAUUUGUAGAUAUAUAUAUAUAUAUACUUGUUCAUGCUUUUUAUGUAAUUUAUCUGUGAAUUGUCAAUUUAUGAACAAAAAUGUAUCUCCUGAAAUGUAUUGUGAACAUUUUUCUGUUGAUAAUUUUGUACGAAGUUAUUUUUAAAAGUUUAGUUUAUUGUCUAAUCACCAUCUUAUAAUUGUAAUAAAAUAUAUACACGAAACAUUUUUUCAAAUUCAA